AUGACUUCACUUUCCUCGAUCGCCGUUGGGAGAGGCCCAUUCGAGCGGGACAUCGAUACCAAUGCCUCCCCUUCCAGCAGCACCGACAGCAACACCACGCCCGAUACCGAGUUCUCGCCCAUGGGAAGCCCGUUCCAGGAGGUGGCCGUCCCGAAGAACAAGAGGUUCCUGGCCAAGAAGAAGUUGGCAAGCCUGACACAGGAGGAGAAGAUUUCCCUCCUAACUGCCGCGGACUUCUGGAGGACAAAGUCGAUCCCGGAGAAGAAUAUCCCUGCAGUUAAAACGAGUGAUGGACCCAAUGGUGCCCGAGGUGGUAUCUUUGUUGGCGGUACCAAGGCUGCAUUAUUUCCCUGCGGUAUUUCAUUGGCCGCCACGUGGAACAAGGCCCUCCUCCGCGAAGUAGGCCGUCAUCUGGCCGAGGAAGCAAAGGCUCGCCAGGCCAACAUUCUCCUUGCGCCCACGGUCUGCAUGCACAGGCAUCCCUUGGGAGGAAGAAAUUUCGAGUCUUUCUCUGAGGAUCCUCUUCUUACUGGCAAGCUUGCCGCUCAGUAUAUCAAGGGUCUUCAGGAGAAUGGUGUGGCUGCUACCAUUAAGCACUUUGUUGGUAAUGAGCAAGAAACGAACAGGUUGACAGUCAACUCCGUGAUUGCCGAAAGGCCACUCCGUGAGAUUUACCUACGGCCGUUUGAGAUUGCCGUCCGCGAGGCCAAGCCAUGGGCUGUCAUGUCUUGUUAUAACCUCGUAAAUGGGGUUCACGCUGACAUGAACACUCACACCUUGAAGGAGGUUCUUCGAGAUGAGUGGAAGUUUGAUGGUGCCGUCAUCUCCGAUUGGGGUGGUGUCAACUCUACCGCCGAGUCCAUCAAAGCUGGUUGCGAUAUCGAGUUCCCCCACUCCAAGAAAUGGCGUUAUGAAAAGGUCAUGGAGGCCCUGAACAAGGGCGAACUCUCCCAGGCUGACAUUGACAGAGCGGCUGAGAACGUCCUCACUCUUGUCGAACGCACAAAAGGAAGCGAUCUGACACCCGAAGCUGCGGAAAAGGAAGAUGACAGAGAGGAAACCCGGGAGCUGAUCCGUGAGGCUGGUAUUCAGGGUCUCACCCUUCUGAAAAAUGAAGGCUCGAUUCUUCCAAUCAACCCCAAGACCACCAAGGUUGCCGUCAUCGGCCCCAAUGCCAACCGAGCUAUCGCUGGAGGUGGUGGAAGUGCCAGCCUGAACCCCUAUUACACCACCCUCCCUCUUGAAAGCAUCCGCAAGGUUGCCAAGAAGCCCGUCACAUACGCCCAGGGCUGCCACAUCUACAAGUGGCUCCCCGUUGCCUCCCCUUACUGCUCCGACAAGACUGGCAAGCCCGGUGUCACAAUCGAGUGGUUCAAGGGUGACAAGUUCAAGGGCGAGCCCGUAACCAUUCAGCGGCGAACCAACACCGAUCUCUUCCUCUGGGACUCCGCACCUCUCGCACAGACUGGCCCCGAAUGGUCUGCCGUCGCAACCACCUACCUCACCCCCAAGCACUCGGGCAAGCACACCAUCUCCUACAUGUCCGUCGGCCCCGGCAAGCUCUACAUCAACGGCAAGCUCUCCCUCGACCUCUGGGACUGGACCGAAGAAGGCGAAGCCAUGUUCGACGGCUCGGUCGACUACCUCGUCGACGUCGAGAUGGACGCCAACCGCCCCGUCGAACUCCGUGUCGAAAUGACCAACGAGCUCCGGCCCGUCACCAAGCAAAAGCAAAUGGGGAUGACCCACCGCUACGGCGGCUGCCGCAUCGGCUUCAAGGAAGAAGACCAAGUCGACUACCUGCAAGAAGCCAUCGACGCCGCCUCCUCUGCCGACGUGGCCAUCGUUAUCGUCGGCCUCGACGCCGAGUGGGAAUCCGAGGGCUACGACCGCCAAACCAUGGACCUGCCCUACAACAGCUCGCAAGACCGCCUCGUCGAAGCCGUCGCCAAAGCCAACCCCAACACCGUCGUCGUCAACCAGUCCGGCUCGCCCGUCACCAUGCCCUGGGCUGACCGCGUUCCUGCCAUCUUACAAGCAUGGUACCAAGGCCAAGAAGCAGGUAACGCCCUCGCGGACGUCCUCUUCGGUCUGCGCAACCCCAGCGGCAAACUGCCCUGCACCUUCCCCAAGCGCCUCGAAGAUACACCAGCCUACCAUAACUGGCCCGGCGAGAACCUCGAGGUCAUCUACGGCGAAGGUCUCUACAUCGGCUACCGACACUACGACCGCUCCAAGAUCGCGCCGCUCUUCCCCUUCGGCCACGGUCUUUCCUAUACCUCCUUCGAGUACGGCCGCCCCUCUCUAUCCAGCCGCGUACUGACGCAGAAUGAUGGAGUCAUCGAGCUGUGCGUGGCCAUCAGCAACGUGGGAGACCUGGACGGCGCGGAGACGGUGCAGGUGUACGUCAGGGAUGAAAAGUCCAGACUGCCUAGGCCGGAGAAGGAGUUGGUCGCGUUUGAGAAGGUGACGCUGGAAAGGGGCGAGACCAAGCACGUGAGGAUCGAACUGGAUAAGUAUGCGGUGGGGUAUUAUGAUACGGAGAGGAAGGGGUGGGUGGCGGAGGAGGGCAGGUUUUUGGUUUUGGUGGGGAGUUCGGCGGGGGAUAUCAAGUGA